CAUUGUCGAGCAUGUUAGUCAAAACAUCAUAGUGUGAAUUUGUCAUUCCUUCUUUCCCCCAAUAAUUAACAUGGCGCUCCUAGUAUAUGAAUAUAUCUCAUUUCCUCUAUAUAUAUGAAGAAAUCAGGUAGCUAUUCAGUAAUACAAUAUUCACUUCAACUUUUGCAUGUUAGAUAAGAUGUGGGCGUCACCUUUCAGUAUUUUGCUACUUAUCACCUUCAGCUUAGUCCUAAUUUGCGAAACCAUAGAAGCACAAACACACAGUCGCCUUCUUCCUCAAGAAGAAAAGAAUGCUCUUAAAGAAAUAGCGGAACAGUUGGGGAAAAAGGACUGGGAUUUUGAUGCGAAUCCUUGUGAUGAUGGGAACACAAAAUGGAACACGCCAAGGACUGACAAUUCGUCAACGUAUCACAAUAUUGUGACCUGCAAUUGCUCUAUCCCCAAUACUGGUUUUUGUCAUGUAGAAAACAUAUUACUCAAAGGGCAAGAUCUUGCAGGUGUUCUCCCUCCCUCAUUGGUGAAGUUACCUUAUCUCAAGACAAUUGACCUCUCUCGCAACUAUUUGAGUGGUACUAUUCCCCCUGAAUGGGCAUCUAUCAAACUGGAAUAUAUGUCUGUUAUGGUGAAUCGACUCUCUGGACCAAUUCCAAAAUACUUGGGAAACAUGACUGCACUACUUUAUAUGAGUUUGGAAAAUAACAUGUUUAAUGGAACUAUUCCAAAAGAACUCGGAAACAUGGUUAAUUUGCAGAGUCUCAUUCUUAGUUUUAAUAAUCUCACAGGUAAGUUGCCAGUGGAAAUCAAUAAACUCACAAAUUUGACAGAAUUUAGGUUGAGCGGUAACAACUUUACUGGAAAACUUCCUAGCUUUGAGAGUUUUAAAAACCUCCAGAAAUUAGAGAUUCAAGCUUCUGGUUUUGAAGGACCUGUAUCUCCAAGCAUUUCUGUCUUGACCAGAAUGUCUGAAUUAAGAAUCAGUGACUUGACUGGAAGUGCUUCAGAAUUUCCACCGCUUGAGAACAUGACAGGCCUAACUAAAUUGAUGUUAAGGAACUGCAAUAUAUCAGGGAAGAUUCCUUCUUACAUAGCUAAAAUGCCUCAAUUAAAAGUUCUAGAUCUAAGCUUCAACAGGCUUGAAGGACCGAUCCCGAAUCUGGAAGGCCUGAACAAGCUGGAGAGUUUGUACCUGACAAGCAAUAAACUUACUGGGCCAAUUGAAGAUUGGAUCAUAAGUAGAGAUUCCAAAUUCCAUGCAGACCUAUCUUACAACAACUUCAAUGAGAGUUCUGAGCCACCUACUUGUACGGAAAACCUAAACUUGUUCAGAAGCUAUAACGCAACAAAAAAGUCAGAACUCGGGAAAUGCUUGUCAAGUAAUCCUUGUUCAAAGAAUCGGUACUCAGUGCACAUAAAUUGUGGUGGUCAUGAGAGUGUGACAAUAGGGCACACCACUUAUGAAGCAGAUGAAGAUUCAGCAGGUCCUGCAAAAUUCUUUUACUCGAAAGAGAGCUGGGGAGCCAGCAAUACUGGAGACUUCUGGGUAGGCAGAAAUGACUACCAAGCGACUAAUGUAUCUGCCAUUAAGGGAGAUGACGCUGAACUGUAUACGACAGCUCGGCUCUCAGCUUUAUCUCUAACUUACUAUGGACGUUGUUUAGCAAAUGGAAACUACACUGUGACACUGCACUUUGCAGAGAUUGUUAUAAGAGAUAACCGAUCUUUCCGAAGUCUUGGAAAACGGAUGUUUGAUGUCUACAUUCAGGGCGAGAGGAAGCUCAAAGAUUUUGAUAUUAGAAGUUUAGCUGGAGAAGUUGAUAAAGCUUUGAUAAGAAAGUUCAAUGCAGUUGUAGAAGAUGGCAUUCUAGAAGUGCGCUUUCAGUAUGCCGGGAAAGGAACAACAGCUGUCCCUAUAAGAGGAAGCUAUGGCCCUUUAGUUUCUGCCAUCUCUUUUGUAUCUAAUUUCAAGCCCCCUGCUAAUCACAAUAAGAUAGUUCACAUCAUAGCUGGAGCAGUGACGGCCUCGUUAAUUCUCAUUUUCGCGAUAUUGUUUGUUUCUUGGAGGAGAAGCAGAAACAGGAUAUCAAAGGAAGCAGAAUUAAGAGGACUAGAUCUACUGACUGGUGUAUUUACCAUCAGACAAAUCAAAGCUGCCACAGACAAUUUUGAUGCUGCAAAUAAGAUCGGGGAAGGUGGUUUUGGCUCUGUCUACAAGGGUACACUAUUGGAUGGUACAGUUAUUGCUGUUAAGCAGCUUUCAUCCAAAUCAAAGCAAGGGAACCGUGAGUUUGUAAAUGAGAUAGGUAUGAUCUCUGGUUUACAGCACCCAAAUCUCGUCAAACUAUACGGAUGUUGUGCUGAGGGAAAUCAACUGCUACUGGUGUAUGAGUACUUGGAGAACAAUAGCCUCGCGCGUGCUUUAGUCGGUCCAGAAGAGCAUCGGCUCAAUAUAGAUUGGCCAACCAGGCAUAAGAUCUGCAUUGGGAUAGCAAAAGGCUUAGCUUUCCUACACGAAGAAUCGUCAUUAAAAAUUGUUCAUAGGGACAUCAAAGCAACGAAUGUUCUUCUUGACAAGAAACUAAACCCGAAGAUUUCUGACUUUGGUCUGGCCAAACUUGACGAUGAGGAUAACACACAUAUCAGCACUAGAGUUGCUGGAACCAUAGGAUACAUGGCACCUGAAUAUGCACUAUGGGGAUACUUGACCUACAAAGCAGAUGUCUACAGCUUUGGAGUUGUUGCAUUAGAGAUUGCUGCUGGGAAGAGCAUUAUGACAUAUCGCCCCAAUGAGAAAUUUGUCUGCCUUCUAGAUUGGGCCCUCGUUCUACAAAGGCAAGGAAAAUUGGUGGAAUUAGUAGAUGAAACAUUGGGUUCAGAUUUGAAGCAGGAUGAGGCUCUAAGGAUGAUAAACGUAGCUUUGCUAUGUACCAAUCCGUCUCCAGCACUUAGGCCAACUAUGUCUGCAGUAGUCAGAAUUCUUGAAGAUCAUCUUGACCUUCCUGAGUUUAACGUGGAAUCAAGAUUCUAUGAUGAUUAUGAUGAUCAUCUCAACCUUCAAGGGUUAAGGGACAAGUAUGGCCCGAUGCUCAGCUCGAGCCAAAGUCAACCACCUACACAUUCAUCCAGUAUUACAGGAAGAGAAUGUUCUCCCUCUUCAUCAGCUUAAAUUCGCAGUCAGAUCAAGAUAGUGACAUAAAGGGUAGCAGGUUUUGGUAGGACUAUUAACAAAAACGGAUCCAUAAUUUUAUGGUUAUGAGUUCUGUACCACAACCCUUUUUCCUCUCUGGGUUCUGGAUAAUUUCUUAAAACGAAUACAAGGUCUAUAGUCUAUACCAAAGCUAUUGGUUCUGCCGGAUCGGUAAAUUAAGUGUAGAUCCGCCCCAGGUACUAUAUAUGUGGGGUUGUUGUUUCCUUACUGAUAGAAGGUGAUGUUCAAAUACUUGUAAUAGCCUAUACCAGAACAUUAAAAGGUGCCCCUUUUAUUUGCAAUAUAGCAUAUGAGAAUGUAAAAGAGGUCUGAAAUGAAACAUUCAUACAAAAAUUUGAA